GAGUCAAAACCCUCAUUUGGUUUGAAGAAAGGUUCCGCUGGAGCCGACGGAAGAACGCUCCGAAAACAAACCACAAAACCCUUUAACAGUAGAUUUAUUUAUUUAUUUAUUUUUUCCAGUUUUCCUUCAGUCUCUGCAGAUUUGUAACAAGAAUCAUCAGCCAUGCCGCAAGGAGAUUACAUAGAGCUUCACAGGAAGCGUUAUGGCUAUCGUCUCGACCACUUCGAGCGCAAGCGCAAGAAAGAGGCUCGUGAAGUCCACAAGCGCUCUGCUACUGCCCAGAAGGCUUUGGGUAUUAAAGGCAAGAUGUUCGCGAAGAAACGCUAUGCCGAAAAAGCUCAGAUGAAGAAAACAUUGGCUAUGCAUGAGGAAUCAUCAUCUAGGCGCAAGGUGGAUGAUGAUGUUCGUGAAGGAGCUGUUCCUGCCUAUUUGCUGGAUCGUGACAACACAACACGAGCCAAAGUUCUUAGCAACACUAUUAAGCAAAAGAGGAAAGAAAAAGCUGGGAAAUGGGAAGUUCCCUUGCCUAAGGUGAGGCCUGUUGCUGAAGAUGAGAUGUUCAAAGUGCUCAGAUCUGGUAAACGAAAGACUAAGCAGUGGAAGAGGAUGGUUACAAAAGCCACAUUUGUGGGACCUGGUUUUACAAGGAAACCUCCCAAGUAUGAACGAUUUAUCCGUCCUACUGGGUUGCGAUUCACCAAAGCACAUGUGACUCACCCUGAACUUAAAUGCACUUUCAACCUUGAAAUAAUUGGAGUGAAGAAAAAUCCUAACGGUCAAAUGUAUACUUAUCUUGGCGUCUUAACCAAGGGUACCAUCAUUGAGGUGAAUGUCAGCGAACUGGGUUUGGUUACUCCGGCAGGGAAAGUAGUAUGGGGGAAAUAUGCUCAGGUGACAAAUAAUCCAGAGAAUGAUGGUUGUGUAAAUGCAGUUUUGCUCGUCUAGAAAAAAUAUUUUCCUAUGUUGAGAUGAGGACCAAGCAUGAGUUACCUCGGAUUCGACACCAUUAUCUUAAUUCUGUCCGAAUGUUUUAAUCAAAGUUUUAUUUCUGGUUGUAUUAUGCGAUAAUGAGAAAUACCCAACAAUUUUGUUACAUAAGAGCAAUUUUUUUUAGGUUUAGAAACAAACAGCCCCGAUUUUCUUGAAUUAACGAUGCAACUUUCGUUAGUGAAAUCAGACAGUGUUGCUGACUCCAGACUUAUUAGCCUCGUUUAACUAUCUGAGCGCUGUUCAACUGUUCAAGUGACGUACUCUUGCUAGAGAGAUCAAAAGCUUUAAUGCGUCAGAUACUUUUUUUAUUUCUAUUUUUA